AUGGCUGUAGCUCAAACGGUAAUAAAUGUAUCGAGAACUGUUGCAGUUCCAUCGAUUCAAGUUCAAGCAGGACAGUCCUCUGUGCACAUUAAAAAGAGUGCACUCCAGCAGGCCACUGUUUGUGCAAAGGAGUCAUCAGACCAGCCCAGAAUCCUCUAUCAGUGUGGUGACUGUGAUGAACUUUUCAAGAGUCUGGAACUUUGGCAGCAUCACCGUAAAGAAGGGAUAUGUCAGCAGUCUGCUUCUGAGAGCAAAAACACUUCUCAAUCCAAUCCUGAUGCACAAACUGAGGCAGAAACCACCUUAGUUCAGACUGUCACUUCAGAUUUAAAUCCAGAUGAUUCCCCUGGGUUUGAAGCAGAUAUUGUGGAAAAAGUGGUUGGAGAGGAAGAGGGGGAGCCAGUUACGGAGACCUCUACACAGCAAAACUCUGAUCCUGUUGUUUCUGAGGAGGCCCCUCUGACCUCUAAUGCAGAGGAUUCAUCUCCAAAGAGGAGAGGGGCUAACAAAAAGCCAAAGCCGGAACCAGUGCUCCUGUGUGUGGACUGUGGCUCAUGUUUUGGCCUGGUGUGUGAACUAGUGGCCCAUCGUAGAACCCAACACGGCUUUGAGGAAGCUCUACACCGCUGCUCUGUGUGUGGGGAAUGUUUUCUUAACACUACACUCUUUCUUUACCACCGCAAGCAACACAGACAGAAAGGUGAAGAAGAGGUAGUAGCAGUUCCUGAAGCAAGACCAACAGAGGGUGUUUGCGCUCAGAGCAAUGGGACAGACGAGCAGGGGCAAAAUGCAACUCCUACCAUCAGUGUCACCUCCACUUUCACACAGCCUGAGUUGUUUAUGUGCUCUCUGUGUGGGCAGAGCUUUAGUAAUGAGGCAGGACUGGUUGCACAUCGUAAACAGAAGCACAACCUUAAGGACCCACUACACAACUGCUCCCUCUGUGGUGUUAGCUUCAUGAACACCACCCAGUACCUGUAUCAUCGCCGGGAACACCGCUUCACAACAGCAGGGACAGAGGAGGUGCAGAUAACUGAAACUGGUGAUGAAGUGACCACCACCAAUAAUGAGGAUACCACACAUGGCACAAAGAGGCUGCUUUCCCCGCCUGCUCCUGCCAGUGUUUCGGGUUCACCCGCUCCUAAAAGACAUAGGCCCUCUUUAAGGAUCCUAAGGGGCGGUAGUGCACUCAAGGAAAAAAAAGGUUCAGACAUUAAAGAAGAAACGGAGGGAGGCACUGCAUCAGACUCGGACAAAACCAACCACCCUCCACCCGCGAAGCUGCUGCAGGACUGGGCCCGUACACCUCUACCCCACGUUUGCCCUUAUUGUGGCAAAACCUUCACCCGGCGUGUGUUCCUCCGCACCCAUGUGUAUAGUCACACCGGAGAAAAGCUAUUCACGUGCAAGAUUUGCUCUAAGGCCUUCACCAACUCCCAGAGCCUUCUGCGCCACAGCAUGAGCCACACGGGUCACAAGCCCUUCAACUGCGAUGUUUGUGGCAAAAACUUCUCCCAGGCAGCCACACUGAAGAGACACCGACGCAUUCACACUUCAACGCAGCCUCGCCGCAAGCGUGGAAGAAAACCGAUGUGUGUUGUGGACAGCGACGGAGCUCAUAAUAUCUUGUCGUGUCCUCACUGCCCCUCAAGGUUCAACACGGAGGAUCAGCUUAACUAUCAUAAACUCCUCCACACCAGCCACCCAUUCCCUUGUAUUGAAUGUGGAGCAGCCUUCACACGCAGGAGAGACCUCGAUCUUCACUCGCUCACUCAUCAAGACAAGCAGCCAGAGACAUGUCCUCACUGCUCGGCCCAGUUUGUGAACGAGUCACUGCUGGAAAUUCACCUGCAGCGUUGUCCCACCACAGAUGAGGAGAAGAACACUGGCCGUGGACGGGGUCAAGGCCGCGGACGCUGCACUGGACAGCUUGAGUGUGACCUAUGUGGCCACCGUUGCAUGACCCAGGAGGGCCUCGACCUCCACCGGUUGUCCCACACGGGCCAGACUCCUCUGAAAUGUCCAGUGAGCCCUUGCCGCCGCCGAUUUACCACUAACACUGCCCUGGAGGAGCAUGUGUUGGCUCAUUUCCACGGAACACUCAGCAAGUCUAAAAACCGACCCCGCUUCCGCUGUCAAUUUUGCCCAAAAGAAUUUGCCUACAAGUCCACCUUUGCUGUUCACAUGAGGACACAUACUGAUGAAAGGCCAUUUGAGUGUGCCACAUGUGGCAAGCGUUUUCGCCAGCUGCCCCAUCUGCGGGACCAUGAGCGCAUCCACAGCGGCCUGAGGCCUUUCUGCUGCUGGAUCUGUGGUAAGAGUUUCAGCGUGGCCGCCCGUCUCACCGAACACGCGCGCACCCACAGUGGUGAGAAGCCUUACCCGUGCCCCCACUGCAUUGCUGCCUUCCGCUCUCGCUCAAACCUGGAUAAACACAUUCGGCAACACGGAGAAGUGCCGCUGGAAACUGCAGAGCAGGUGGCGCAAGCAGCUGAGGCUGCGCAGGUCCAGAAGGUGCUCGAGGGGGCCAAGGUUCUCUCUUCUCUGGCCACAACCGGAGAGAUUGAUCAUUCCACAGUGCAGACCAUUUAUGUACUGCAGGGGGCCGAGGGAACCACUGAGACUGUCAUGAUCCCAUCUGAUCAGCUCGGCGGCAUGGAAGGAACUUCACAGGUUGUCAUCCUGCCGUCUUCAGUUCUAGGAAGUCAGACCAUUACUGUUCCUGGUAUCACCAUGGACGGAAAUGAAAUCACCAUGGUGGAGACGAGCCAGUCCCCACAACAUACCAUUGAGUUCAUCGUGGAGGAGACUGUAUGAAGACAGAUGAGAGAGAAGACAAUGACUGGAAGAUUAAGUUAGAAUAUAUUACCUAUUGAUAGUGUGGAUUUUAUUUGAAUAAUUGAAGAUGACGCCAUUAUCUUGUGUUAUAGUUUGAUAGGUUCCAUCCUGUGAAGUAAAAAUGAUUUUUACAACUGUUCAGAAGAAAUGUAAUUUAAUAUUGUUGUGGAAAGUGUGUAUUUUUAAGUUUGAAUGAGAGGCAGGUUGUAAAAUUGUACAUAGAAGUGCUUUUACAGCCCCUGUUUAUUAGGGGAAAACCAGUGGUGGCCUGUGAUAUGUCUUCUGCUUUCUUUAUAAUAAAACGCUUCAGCUUCCA